CGCCGUUCAACGGUCGUGUGUUGUGACGUAGGUUUGUGUCCGCCUCGUGUAAAGAAACGACACAGUACGUCACUUUAUAAUAAUAAUAAUAACAACAAAUGAAAACUUGUUUAAAAUUACUCUUCUCGUUCGUGGACUUUAAUGAACGCGGACGUGCUGCUGGGAAUUCCCGCCAACUGGACUUAUAGGUGACAGUUCCAUGGACAACCUGGACUUCUCUGAAGAGGAGAUCCAGCAGCAACUGGAGCUGCUAGGACACACGAACGUCCCAAGACACAAACUCCAAGAGUUCAAACAAGACCUGGAACAGCUCAUUCAAAAUGGUGGCCUGCCCAACUUGCCAACCCCCUCCGCUGAUGCCAAGGUGGACCCCAGGCCUCCCGCCUUCACCAAAGAGAAAGUGAGCCUGUACGACGUGAGCACACUUGCUGGAAGAGUUUUUCGACACAACAAGCAGGGCAACACACAGGUUCUCAGUCGGCAUCCCAGUAAAGAUGGACAACUCCAGCAGGACCAAGAGGCUGUGCCAGGGAGUUCGCACAGUGCCGCAGCUCCUACAUUGGUGCCCGACACCCAAGGAAGACAUUUCAUCAAAAGAAAAGUCCUGAGGAAGUGUGAAGGACAGUCGCUGGUCUGCGAUGAAUCAGUUUAUAGCCAAAACUCUGAUUGCUCCGCCUUCCUCCAGGAUCGUCUGUCUGGGCUACGCUUACACGAGGCGCAGAGCGACAAAGCCAGUGUCCUGAGUGAUGACAUGGAAGGGGUCUCCCUCAGCAGCUUCGGUUCCUUCAUCACGCACUCAACACGAACAAGAAGCGAAAGUGACUUCCGCACCAAACCCAAAUCCUUUAUCCGACCGGUCUUGACGCAGCAGACCUUCAAGAAGGAUGACCCUGUGGCCAGGUAUUUCCAGUACAAGCAGCUGUGGGAUGGCUUCAGGAUCCCUGGAGAGCGAGACCACCGGGAACUCCGCUGGGAAAUCAGGGAGCGACUCGCGUAUCAGGCACCAGUGCCCAAAGCUCGCAGGAGUUACGUGGCUAACAGCUACGUGAUCCCAACGGACAAGAAGCGAUCGGCUCUGCGCUGGGAAGUUCGCAACCGUAUGGCACACCCCGAUCUACCUCACAAGUUUGCGUACCACUUUUAAGGACCCGUUCCCGUAGUUUUGAUUAAUUUCAGCGACAACGUGCAGCAACGGAAAGAAGAGGAAAGCCAGACAUGGAGUGCCACUGCAGAAGCGCACAUACUGAGAAUGGGACCUUUUGAAGUCUUUUUGCUCUUU